AUACAGCAGCAUGAACCAGCUGAUAGGGAAAAAUAAUUAAAAAGAGUGGUGUUUGUUUACGUUAUUUUAAUACAUACAGUUUUUAUUACAGUUAUGAUACAGUAAAUUGCUUAAUAAUAUCUAGGUUCAUCUCUGAGUACCAGGGACUGUAAAGAUGAACCUGCAGACAUUAUUUCAGGAUUUUAAUCCAAGCAAGUUCCUAGUACAUGUGUGUUUGAUGAUUUUUACUGCUUUGUUUGCCCUUCGUUUGGAUGGCACUGUCCAGUGGAGUUAUUGGACAGUUUUUAUACCAAUUUGGUUUUGGAAGUUUAUGGUUAUUACUGGUGCUACAGUAGGAAGUUAUGUAUGGUGGAGAUACCCACAUUUUAGGCUCGAAGGUGAAGCAUAUGUUCAUUACAAAGCAAUGCUCAUAAGUUUAGCUCUUCAUCUUAUUCUGCUUAUGUUUGAGCUCUUAGUUUGUGACAAAUUGGAAUCUGGCAGACAUCUUUGGAUCCUCGUAUUUAUUCCCUUGAUAUUUAUUUCAAUAGUGUCAAUUGCUGUUUGUAUUUGGGCAGUUAAACAUGACCGUUCAUUUGAGCUGGAGUUAUUCUGCUCAGUGAACAUUCUCCAGUUCAUCUUUCUGGCCUUACGACUUGAUGGAUUUAUCUCAUGGAGUUGGGAGGUGGUAUUUGUUCCUCUGUGGAUUCUUAUGUGUCUUUCCCUAGUGGGAGUUCUGUACACUAUCAUCUUCGCUGGGAUUUUAUUACGAGCCCCUGAAGUGAAUCCACAACAGAGACGAACUUCAUUCAAUAGUGCACUUGGAUACACUUUUCUUGUCAUACCCAUACUAAUUUUUCAGGUACUGCUAGCCAAUAAACUGGAUGAGGACAUCUCUCUAAGUUAUGUCGGUGUGGUUUCACCGUUGUUUAUAUCUUAUUGCACUCUCAUCCUUAUGUCUUUUGGUGCUAAAGGUGGGAACAGGUGGUGGUUUGGCAUCCGCAAAGAUUUCUGCCAUUUUCUGCUGAGUCUUUGUCCAUUUCUCCAAGAAUAUGCAAACAUAGCUUAUAGUCUUCAGAGUGAUGAAGGAGGACGAAGGGGGCAGAGUGCUCCUGAGGGUAUGGUAGAUGCUCCAUCCUUAGAUAUGAAACCAGAUAAAAGGUUUAAAAAGACUGAGUUGCUGAAACCAGUGGUACCUGUAAUAUCGAUUGACAUGCCAGACUGAAGUGUGAAUGAAUUAAUGGCUCAUUUAUGAGGAUCAAAGAAACCUUUUGUUUCUUGAUUUAGAACUGGUUGAAUAUAUACAAAUUUUAUGGAAUUUGAAUCUGCACAAAUUUUAUGGAAUUUGAAUCUGCUGUCAUUUGUAUAAUGUAGGGCCUGUGUGAAGAUGUUCAUAUUUGUACAUAUAACUUACAGUUAGUGUCUAUAGAGUACUGUUUGUGUGCAUACAUUUGCUACUGUAGUUUUAGUUCAUACUGGAAAGAGCAGCUGAGCAAAUUUACAAAUAAUGCAGAGUUGUGGCAUAUUACGUAAGUGGAAUACAAGAAAGACCUGAAACUUGCUGGAAAAUCAAACCCAUGAUGGCCUUACACUUGAGCUUGGUUCUUUUAAAAAGAUUUGAAAAUGAGCUCUACAGCAGAGGACUAAGCACUCAGUCCAUGUGUGAUAAUUAAAAUAGCCUUGUGUUGCAGUUUGUCCUGCAACUUCACUGAGCUGCAGGCUCUAACAUUCUGUUGAAAUUUUAUUAAAUUUUCAUUGGUUUUUUUUCUAUUUUUUAUAACAGCGUUUACAUAGGUUAAUAUAAUGUGUAACUGUGUGUAUACUUUUUUCUAUUCACAUUUAUAUAUGAUUAAUUGUUCAUUUCUAUUUAAUUUAUGUUUUUUUAGUGAUAAACUGUUUAGGAUGGGUUGCAAGCUACAUAAGGUUCAAUGUGCAGUGAGCAGCAGUGUUUAAUACUUAACUAUGACAAAGCCCAGAAUUGCCAUGAUGUUAUAAUUUAACAGUUAGAAUACAGUAAAAACUAAUAAAAACUGAAGGAAGUAAUUACACAUUUUAAUGGUUUAUAGUUAUUGCUAAUCUUAGAAACAUUUUUACUUUAAAUGACAGUGACUGCAAACUGUAUACAGAAUGCUCCGAUUAUUUAGGCUGAUGGAAGGAAAAGGAGACAUGAAUAAUCUAAAAACAUGGAUAUUUUGUUAUGUUUUUAACUGGUUCUAGUAUUUCUCUAAAUGUUUGUGACACACAGUUUUGAUUCAUAAGUCUAAAUGAGCAGUGUGUAGUUUUAGUCUGAAUAAAUUCAACAAGCAGUGAAGACUAAAAGAAAUGAGGAGAAAGAUAUUCUCCAAUGAAGUACAUGUAUUUUCCAAGUGCAUCCUUCAUAAUUUUGCAUACUGCAUACAUCUUUUGUUACAACCACAGAUGUACUGAUUCAAAGCUUAACACAUUCAGGACCGGAGAGGCCAAUUGGUCCUCUACGUUUCUAUAGUGUUGCGGACCAGGCGGGCCAAUUGGCCCUUUUCUGACGCGUUAUGUUUCAACCGACUAUAUCUCCCUGUGUGUCCACAUUGCAUCAUAACUAGUGCGUAGUUAUGUUUGUUAGCUUAGCCAGUAACAUGAUCACGCUCAUUUCCUGUCACACCCUAAAGAAAAAAGCCUGUGUUCGAGUCCAAGCUUCCACGUAUGAACCAGGAAGUUAGCAGUGCAACAUGGAUCAGAGACGAAAGCAGUUGCAGGCGAAGCGUUCUCUCGGAGAACAAGAAAUAUUAGAUUUGUUCUCCGA